UGCGCGGGUUCACGUAUGACCAUGUUUCGUUCGUUCAUAUUCCUUCUACUACUAACUUGUGGGGAUCUGGUCUGUGUGAGGAGGAGGUUACUCUCCGAACCUGAUGAACAAGAAGACCAAGAAGUGUUUGUAGAUGAGGGGGGCGCAAACUCAUUCCUUGGUCGCCAUCUGCUGUUCAACCGGUUUGAUUUUGAGAUGUUUGUUCCUGGAAAUCUGGAGAGGGAGUGUUACGAAGAAGUCUGCAACUACGAGGAAGCAAGGGAGGUUUUUGAAAACAUUCCGGCUACAAAUGAUUUUUGGAAGAAAUACAUAGAUAAGGGAAAUCGUCAGUCGCGGGUCGAUGUCACAUCUCUUUUGGUGGGACUCAUUACUGCCGGAGUGGCCAUUAUUAUCGCUGGCCUCCUGAUCUGGUAUUUCUGUCACAACAAAUGCAAGAACAACAUGAGCCGGGAAAGUUCUGUGCGUGGGCGCCCUAGAAGAAGUAAUGCAUCUCUAAUAAUACGACGACUAGAGGAGGUCUCCCGGCAGCCCGUGCUUCCCCCUCCAGGAUCGUCCCCUGACGGUGAAGUAGACCCUCCGGGACUCCCUUCCUAUGAACAGGCGAUUGCAAGAAGUGGACCACACGACGCCCCACCUCCUCCCUAUCCUGGCUCACGACCUGGAAGCGCUCGGCGGUAGUGUCUUCUGGACAACAUCCCAGUAGACAGCUUACAGCCAUUCAACAUCUGCAUCGUGCUAUUCUACUAGAUCAAUUUUUAUUUUUCUAUCGUUGAAAUAUUAACAGAUUACAUUAUGACAUUUGUUUAUUACGUUAAGUUCUACUUUGUUUGUUUGUUUUUCCUGAUUUGUGGGGGUAUUUUUUCCCUUUUAUAAUAUCAUCUUAAAUGAUUUUUAACUCUCCUUUCUUGACCUGCUGGUACCAAAGAGUAACCAUAAUGUUUCUCAGGUGUGAUUAUGCUUUGUAAUGUAACUCCAACCUUAUGCCUAAUAAGCUUCAUCAUAUAUUUUAGCCAGUUUGCUUCUUUUUAAGGAAAAUGAAGAAUCCAUAAUGGGUCGGAGUAGGAGUCUUGUGUUAAGCUGGAACACCCUGUGCUUUAAGGAGCAGUUGCUUUUGACACAGCUUGUAAGUCUGAGAGCAAGAACAGGAUCAUGUUUCAUUACACAAUGAAGUAUUAAUUGUAAACACAGAGAGACAGAUGAUUCAUGGAGUCAUAUGGCUUCCUGUCUCCUUCAGAAGGAACAACAGCAACUGUUUUCUGUACAUGAUGGUGAUGACUGCCGUCAGGGAAACGCUUUUGCAGACAGUGUUUUUGAUGCGCUGGUAUUCCAGUUUUCUUUGUGAAGAUUGACUGUGUAGUUUUCCAUCAUCAUCUUUUACCUUGAUUCUUUUGUGAAAACUUUGGGAUUUUUUCCUCCUGCUUAUAGAGUUGUGUUAGAAAAUUGAUGCAUGUUUCACUAAUGAAUAAGAAUCCUCUUCUGAUAUAUAAGCUAUAUCAUGUCUUAUAAGUAAGUAAAAUAAGUUAAUAAUUUAUAAUCAAAACACUGUUAUUAAUUAUUAGAUGUGCUGUAAGUAGAAAGAUGCAUGAGUGAGCAGUUUUAAAGAUUUUUUAUUUUUGCAGAACAUUUUAAAAUUCUACUAAAUUAAUGCAACAGCUAAAAUAUAUUUAAAUAGCUGCAAGAGAUGCAGCCCAGCAGUUUAUUCAACACAAAGACUCUCACUUAGCCAAAGGUUGAAUGAGCAAUAACAAAAUAAUAGAUGUGAUAUGAUAUGAUAGAAGUGAUAUCUGCGAUGUCUGUCAUACUUGUCCAUAGUACUGGUAUUUCAUUGAAGUGGUCUGGAGGAGUGAGGUAGCUGAGCGCUGAAUUACAGGGAGUGUUCUGACCACCAUCUAUUGUAGGCAACGUUCUAUGACUGCACACAAUUACUGCAUGAUGUGACUCCAAAUCAAAGACACUGGACUAUCCCUUUUAAGUAUUCACUUACUCGUGAAUUACUGUACGAGCCCUGCAUGUUUGUACAUAACCAUGUUUUUUUCAAGGGAUGCGGCACAGAAUUUACUAGUAGGUUUCACAAUAUAAUUUAUGAGAAUGUGUCGAGGGCAAGCUUUGCGGAAUCAGUUCUGAAGCAGAACUGCUUUAAAAACUUUAUUGUUGUUUUAAAUAAAAUUUAUAUUUUAAUUA